GAACUAAUUGCUGUUAAUUGCAACUCAGGGCGCCCGGUGCGAUUCUUGAACCCGAUGCGGUGAUGGCGAUCGACGUGGUGACGGAGAUGAGCUGCAAUUAAUUUUCUCGCCGGCCGAACCUGACCCGAGCGUGGCUGAUUGGUUAUUGAUGAUUGUUAUUGACGAAUUAAUUUAUUGUUGGGAUUAAUUGAGCAGGCAGGAUGCCGAAGGGACCCCGGCAGCGCCCAGCGGAGCGGUACCGCCUGAAGUACAGCCGGCUGCGGCGGGCGGCGCGGGCGCUGGUCUUCGAGAACGGGGCCCUCUGCGAUGAGGUGGCCCGGUUGGAGGCCAAGUGCCUACGGGCACGGGACGAGCGCCGUUUCCUUCUCACCCGGCUCCUCCAACUCCGGGCGAUGGCCGGCCCCGAGGAGAUCACCGGUGAGGUCACCGGCCGCCGGCCUCGCCGUGGCGGGUCCCGGGCCGAUGGGUCAAGAGACGGAGGGAAAGACGGGGCACGGUCAACUGGAGGAAGAGAGGGGUCAAGGCCAACUGGGUCAAGAGAUGGAGCGAGGGAUGGGGCGCGGUCAACCGGGUCAAGAGACGGGCCAAGAGACGAGCCGAGGCCAACUGGGCCAAGAGAUGGACCGAGAGAUGAGUCAAGGCCGAGUGCCUCAAGGCCGGUUGGGUCAAGAGAUGAGUCAAGGCCAACUGGCUCAAGAGAUGGUCCAGGAGACGCGUCAAGGUCCAAUGGGGCGAGAGACGGGCCGAGAGACGGUUCAAGGACAGCAGGGCUGAGAGACGGCCCAAGAGAUGACUCAAGAGAUGGGUUGAGGCCAGCGGGGCCGCGGGACGGCCCAAGAGACGACUUGAGGCCAAACGGGCCGAGAGGCGGCCCCAAGUUGGAUGUGCCGCCAGCGGCCAUCUUGAGACCACCUGAGGACACCUCCAGCCCGGCUGGGCCACCGGCGGCCAUCUUAAGGCCACCCCCCCGCCGGCGCGGUGGGACGUUGACUCUGCCCUUGGCGCUGGGACCUCUGACAGUGCACAGCCUGGGUGUUGGUGGUUUGGGGCCGGGGGCCAUCUUGCCCCUGGGCUUCCAUAGCACCCGCCUCUUCACCAGCACCCGCCGGCCGGCUCGCCGCUGCCUGUACACCUGCCGGAUCGUGGCCGGUCCCCGCUGCGAGAUCGUGUCGGAGGAUGAGCCUGGGAGGGUGCUGGCGGGACCCACGCCUGAUGUCUGCCAUGGCCGGCUCCUCCAGGCUCUUGGGGAAGCCGGGGGGCGGGCCCGGGCAAUGCCACCGGCCCCUGGUGCUGGCGCCGACUUCUUCGGCCUCACCCACCCCACUGUCCGCCGGCUCCUCCAAGGAGAAGCUGGGGCCUUCCUCCACCCCGAGGACGAGGAGGAAGAAGAGGAGGAGGAGGAGGAGGAGGAUGACGACGACGAGGACGAUGAAGAGGAGGAGGAGGAAGAAGGGGCCGCCCCAGCCUUUGCCUACGCCGACAUCUUCCUUGGCAGCCCCACCGGCUCUGAUGAGUGA